AUGACCUCCCAGCCGCUGCCGCUGGAUAAUGGCUUGCCCACUGUAUCCAAACGGCAUCCGGUAGUCGUGCAAAUACAAGAGCUUUCCCUAUGCCUGUCAAGGAGAGGCAGAUGCGACGAACUCACCCAUGGCGUUGUAGGGAUUUUCGGAAAGUCGGAAGACGGCCUGCGGGAUGGUUCAAGAUCCAUGUUGGACGGACUAGGACUGAAGAGACCCUACAGUGAUAGUGGACAGGAACAGAAACAAACCUCACGCCCCAAGCCACGGAGGAGAUCGUCGUCACUCGGAUCGCUGGAUGGUAUGAACAUGGGGCUGGAAGGCUGCUUCGGUCGGAGGGAGCAACCGGCGAGGAUCUAUAAAACUAGAAGUUCUGAUGCCGUGGGCCCGUUUAUCGCAAGAGUGGAAAAUCAGAGGCAUGAAGGAAUCUAUCAGGAUAUGGUCAGAAAUCGCCCGGCGUUCUCAGACAUUGCUGCCGCUCCCACCAAACUUCCGGGACCGUUGCCCACCCACGGCUGGUUCCAUCCUUCACAGUUCCUCGGACAAGUCCUCAACGGGCCUUGUGGGAUUGUACCGCCCCUCACCCCUCCAGAAGACCUUGACUCUUUCAAAUGGGAGACGCCGGCACAGACAGAUGCUAGUGGAGGUGUUCAGACUACAUCAAACGUUGACCCAGGUGGUUCACAAAGCCAGAGACAAAGUCAACCUCGCACGAGCUCCACAUCCCGUCCAUCAGAGAUACGACUACCAGAACCAUCAAAUAUGGCACGGGACGAAUCAAGCAGAUCAAACUGGCUUGAACGAGUCAGCCAGCAUCUGGUUUCUUCUAUUGGCGACUCAACCAGCCAGCACCAGAUUCAAAUGGUCGUUCAAGCGUUACCCUCUCAACCAAGGUCGACGGACACGAUGCCAAUCUACAACAGAGUUGUUGAAGACGUCCAAACCCAUUUCACAUCCCCACCAUACAUCACUAUCACGCAUGCGUACUCCCAAGCAAUCAGCAUCGACGAAGUUCCAGCCUCACCUCCAGCGACACCAAACACCAACCAUCCGACUGACGACUACUUCCAGGAUCACACUGUCUUCAUCCAUGCCGCCGCUGUUCCGGCUUACCACUCCCAGACGACGGCGUACAGCGCGGUUGGUCCACGUCCAUCGAACAUCAUCGCGGCUCCCAGCAGCAUACAGAUCUCGAUUCUAGAGCGGUAUAUUCCGCCUACGACGUCCCGGGAAAUAGAGGACUUCUUCACGCUGAGCAGGCGGUCGUAUUUGGCAGACAGACUGCUUGAAUUGUCGUCGAAUGACGGCUCUUUGCUCCUGGUCUAUCCAACCAAGCAGGGAGGACAAACAUUCGCAAACCGAUACAUCGGACCGGUCAUCGAACCCUUUCUGCGACAGUUUAUUCUUUUGAACAACCUUUACACCGACAUUGCGAUCCAAUUAGGCAGAAUGGCAGCGGUCUCGAGUAUGAAGAGCUUCGAGGAGAUGCAAACCCUCCUCGCGGCGAUGUGCGAGGCACUCGGUCAGCGAGCGCCUUCCCGAGGGCUACCGAGUCGAUACCAGAUUGUCCACGCUGAAACGGCCGAGGUGGUACUGGACCGUGCCUUGUGGAGAGAGUGGUACAUUGAACAAGAGCAGCCGCGCCUACGACAGAACUUGGUGGACUAUCACAAGGGGGGUGGUCGUAUGCCAGCGAGAAGCGGACGGAUUGAAGUGACACCCGGUAUGCUUGCAAGAGAGGUCGUUGACGGGAUUCGUCAAAGUCGGGAAAACGCGGGCAAUGUUGGUGUGGAGGUUGGUGUGUUUGUCCUUCGACGCACGACCGUUGUGUAA